UUCCUCAGUUCCUCUUCACUCUCUCUCAAGUUGUAAGCUUUGGGAAAAAGAUGUUGUGGGUUGAUAAGUACAGACCCAAAACCCUCGACCAGGCAAUCGUCCAUCAAGACAUUGCUCAGAAUCUCAAGAAACUCGUCACUGAACAAGAUUGCCCCCAUCUGCUCUUCUAUGGCCCAUCUGGCUCCGGCAAGAAAACCCUAAUCAUCGCUUUGCUUCGUCAAGUCUUUGGUCCUGGCGCCGAAAAGGUGAAGGUGGAGAACAGGACUUGGAAAGUGGAUGCUGGAAGUAGAACUAUUGAUCUGGAGCUGACCACAUUAUCAAGUGCCAACCAUGUAGAACUAAGUCCUAGUGAUGUAGGCUUUCAGGACAGAUAUAUAGUUCAAGAGAUAAUUAAAGAGAUGGCUAAGAAUAGACCUAUUGACACUAAAGGAAAAAGAGGGUAUAAAGUGUUGGUGCUCAAUGAGGUUGACAAGCUUUCAAGAGAAGCCCAGCAUUCUCUCCGAAGAACAAUGGAGAAAUAUAGUACUUCUUGUCGUCUAAUUUUAUGCUGUAACAGCUCUUCAAAAGUUACUGAAGCGAUUCGGUCUCGUUGCUUGAAUGUGCGAAUAAAUGCACCAACUGAGGAAGAGAUUGUAAAAGUACUGGAGUUUAUUGGAAAGAAAGAAGGGCUGCAACUUCCAUCUGGGUUUGCUGCUCGUAUAGCAGAAAAAUCAAAUCGGAGUUUGAGGAGAGCUAUAUUGUCAUUUGAAACUUGCCGUGUUCAACAGUAUCCUUUUACAAGUAACCAAGUGAUUCCCCCUAUGGACUGGGAGGAAUAUGUCGCUGAAAUAGCAUCUGACAUAAUGAAGGAGCAGAGCCCAAAAAGGUUGUUCCAGGUUCGAGGCAAGUUGUAUGAACUGCUAAUUAAUUGUAUUCCUCCUGAGAUUGUAUUGAAGAGGUUGCUCUAUGAAUUAUUGAAGAGGUUAGAUGUGGAAUUAAAGCAUGAGAUCUGCCAUUGGGCUGCAUAUUAUGAACAUAGAAUGCGUCUUGGACAGAAAGCCAUAUUUCACCUUGAAGCAUUUGUGGCAAAGUUCAUGAGCAUUUACAAGGGUUUCCUCAUCAUGACAUUUGGAUGAAGAUUAGACAGGCACCAGAGAUGCCUUGAUGUUGAAUGCAAUGCAAAUAAAUUUUGUCAACUCUGUUCCAGUGCUAGCUGAAGAUGUUCUUAUAUCGCCCUGUGAAAAGUUUCUUGCCUCUGUGUUUCUACACUAUUUUUGUUCUCUAAAGUGUUCAUUACUUUCACAACUUUCUUUUUCAAGUGUUCAAUUAAAGGACAUCUAAUAGUUAUUUGUUGUUAACAUUAAGGUUGCGUUUGGUUUGGGGUGAUAUAAGAUUAAUCAUUUAAUCUUUGUUUAAUUUUCAAGA